AUGGAUUCAGAAACCGUUGGUAAUGAAAUUGUAGAUGAAGUGAAUGUGGUUGAUUUAGAGAAUGAAACAAUUCAAGGCGUAAAUGAACUAAGAAGAAUUGAAGAUGAUGUUUUACCUAAGUCUAAGAAGGCCAAAACAUCAAGUGCUGAUUGUUGGAAAGUGUUUACUAAACUUGGGGCGGAUAAAGAUGGGAAUCCAUUGGCUAAGUGCAAUGGUUGUUCAAAGAUUUUGAAGGGUGGCGACAGGAAUUAUGGUACCACGAGUUUGAAUCGUCAUAUGAAGAAGUGCACUAAAAUCAAAUAUGCUGACGUAGGUCAAGUAAUGAUGGACUUGCAAGGUAGACUCAAGAAUCUUACAAUAGAUAAAAAGGUUUCUAGAUCAAUGUGUGCUACUGCAAUCAUUGCACAUGAUUUACCGUAUAAAUUUGUGGAGUUUCAAAAAAUUAGGGAUUGGAUGAAAUAUUUGAACCUUGAAUUUUCUCCUAUUUCAAGAAAUACCGCUAAGGCUGAUGUUGAUGAAAUAUUCAAGACAGAGAAAGAAGCUCUUAAGAAGGAGUUAGCUAAUAUUCCCUCUAGAAUUUCACUAACUUCUGAUAUGUGGACAGCUUGUGCAAGUGAAGGUUAUAUUUGCCUGACUGCUCAUUAUGUUGAUUCCAAUUGGAAUUUGAAGAGUAAGAUUCUAAACUUUUGUCAUAUGCCUCCUCCACACACGGGAUCUGAAAUGUCAAAAAAGAUUCUUGACUUUUUAUCAGAUUGGGGAAUUGAGAAGAAGAUUUUUUCACUCACAUUAGAUAAUGCUUCUGCUAAUGACGUGAUGCAAGCUCAUUUGAAAAGACAACUUGUCUUGCAAAACUGGUUAUUAUCUGAGGGAGAGUUCUUUCAUGUUCGUUGCUCAGCGCAUGUUUUAAAUUUGAUUGUGCAAGAGGGUUUGAAAGUAAUUGGUGAUGCAUUGGAAAAGAUUAGGGAAAGUGUCAAAUAUGUGAAGGGCUCUGAGGGUAGAAUGAAAAAAUUCAAGGAAUGCAUUGAACUCAUUGGAGGUAUUGAAACAUCGGCUGAUUUAUCUUACGAUGUUUCCACUAGAUGGAAUUCUACUUAUUUGAUGCUUCAAAGUGCAUUAAAGUACCGACGUGUAUUUGCAAGCCUUAGUUUUCAUGAUGAUAAUUAUAAGGUUUUCCCUUCCGAAGAAGAUUGGAAAAGAGGAGAUAAGAUAUGCACAUUCUUGUUGCCAUUUUAUGAGACAACAAACUUAAUUUCCGGAACGUCUUAUCCCACUUCCAAUUUAUAUUUUUUGCAAAUUUGGAAAAUUCUGUGUGUUUUGAUGGCAAGCAUCAAAGAUGAAGACACUCUUAUAAGAGACAUGGCUGAAAGAAUGAUGAUCAAGUUUGAGAGUAUUGGAGUGAUUAUAGUGUGCUUCUUUUUCGAUAUUGCUAUACUCAUGUUUUUAGAUAUUGCUAUUGAUUUGAAAGCACACAAACAACAACUUGCAACAGAGACCGGAAAGUCUCAACUUGAUGUUUAUUCGGAUGAGGCAAGUGUGGAUUUAAGUUAUCAAAAUUUUGAUGACUUGAAUGUUCUUCAAUGGUGGAAGGAGAAUUGGAAUAGGUUUAAAGAGUUAUCUUUAUUGGCUCGUGAUUUGUUAGGCAUCCCUAGUACUACUGUUGCAUCUGAAUCUGCUUUCAGUAUUGGUUCGAUCAUUCUAAACAAAUAUAGAAGUCGCUUGUUGUCGAAGAAUGUAGAGGCAUUGAUUUGUACUCGCAGUUGGCUUCACAGUUUCAACAGUUUUGAUGUAGUGGGUGAUGAUGAAGAUAAUGAUGAUGGGAGCUUGGCGAAAAGUAUUACAACUGAAGCAUCAUAUGUUCAUGACGUAGAUGAAGAUUGA